AUGCAGGCGGACGUGGCUUCACCAUCACCGGAGCUGAUGCGCUACGUCAAAGCUCUCGACGAUCGGGUGUCCAACUACGCCCGGUUCUUCAACGCUCUCCUGGUCAAGUCGCCCGACCACAACCUCUUCUUUCAGGAUCUGCGCGCAUUCCGUGAGCAGGAGCACAUCAUUGUACUUCUCACUGCGCCAGAUGUUGACAGUGCCAAUCUAAAGGACAUCUACAAGGAAUGCACACGUCACUUCCUCGCUUCCCGUUUCGCCCAUCCUUGGUGUCGCAACGAGUACGGCAAGACCAAAGAUGGCUUCUUGCAGACCGCCAAGGGGAAGCAGCGACGGGUGCAGGCGAAGUUGAAGGAGGAGGAGGGCUUACACAAGCUGCUCGUCCCUAUCUGGAUUCCGUUCAGAAGGCGGAUGAUACCGACUGAAGGGGAAAUGAAGCUGUUUUUGGAGCAUGAAAAACUAGAACAAGCACGAAUGGUCGAAGAAUCUUGGCGCAAAAGGGAGGAAGAUGAAGCGUUGAAGAGGCUUGCUGAUGAGGUGGACAUGGAAAGUGCCGACAAGGAGAACACUGACAAGGAGAAACUUGACAAGGAGCAGCACGAUACCAAGCCGGUGUUUCGACUCAAGUCUCCCAUCAGGAAGUCGUCUGGAUCAACCUAUUUCGACGCUGAAGCCUUCGUUGCCGAAGACGACAGUAUGGUCGGCACACAGCAACGAAGCGAUGGUUCCGCGGAGGCGGCAAGCCUGUUCGUCGGCAUGGCAGCUUCCAGUCUCCUCGCCAGCAACAAGCGGGUCCGAAAAUACUUGCUGAAGAGGGCCAAGAAGUGA